CUCUAAAAACAGACCUCAGGGCCUUUCAGCACUGGGCUAGCUCCAGCACCAUGGCUGGCGUGUGGCAAGUGAUUCUAGCCUACAGGAGCUACCUGAUUGUUGUCCUAUUACCCGUUUUGUUUCUUCCUCUGCCUCUGGUUGUUCCUACCCAGGAAGCCCGAUGUGGUUAUGUUAUCAUAUUGAUGGCACUGUUUUGGUGCACAGAAGCCUUGCCAUUGGCCGUCACCGCUUUCUUUCCUGUCGUGCUGUUUCCACUAAUGAAUGUCAUGGAUUCAGCAACAGUCUGCAAGGAAUACCUGAAGGAUGCCAAUAUGCUUUUCAUUGGGGGACUGCUGGUGGCCAUCGCUGUAGAGAAGUGGAAUCUACAUAAGCGCAUUGCUUUGCGGGUCUUGCUAAUCAUUGGUGUCAGACCAGCCCUACUUCUCAUGGGUUUCAUGAUUGUGACUGCCUUCCUUUCAAUGUGGAUCAGCAACACUGCCACCACUGCCAUGAUGGUGCCAAUAGCACAAGCAGUGUUGGAUCAGUUGCACAAGUCAGAACUAGAGGCUAGCCCAGAUGAGGAAGUGUCUGAAAACAUCAAUAAAGCCUUUGAACUGCAGGAAGAAUCAACUAAACCAAAUAGCUUCAAAGUGACAGACCAAAAAGGUGAUAGUCAUGUUAUGACAGUUGAGGAAGACAAGAAUCAUAACAAUGAAAAGCUUCUGGAAGAGAAUCACAAGAAACUCUGCAAGGGAAUGUCCCUCUCUAUUUGUUACUCAGCCAGUAUUGGUGGGAUUGCAACUCUGACUGGGACGACACCAAAUCUGGUACUGAAAGGACAGGUUGAUGAGCUCUUUCCUGGCAAUGACAACGUGAUCACCUUUGCCUCUUGGUUCUCCUUUGCUUUUCCCACCAUGAUCCUGUUGUUGCUUUUGUCCUGGAUUUGGCUGCAGAUAAUGUUCUUGGGCUUUAAUUUUCAGAAGAAUUUUGGUUGUGCUGCAAGUGAGUCUGCAAAGGCUAAGGAGCAACGGGCUUAUGGCAUUAUCAAGGAUGAGCACAAGAAGUUGGGCUCAAUGAAAUUUGCAGAGAUAACAGUUUUGGUCCUCUUCAUAGUACUGGUACUGCUGUGGUUUACUAGAGACCCUGGUUUCAUGCCAGGUUGGGCAACUACUCUCUUCAACAAAGACGAUACAAGCUUUGUCACUGACGCUACAGCUGUCAUCUUCAUUUCAAUUUUGAUGUUCAUCAUCCCUUCUGAGAUUCCUACAUCUCUCUCCCGUACCAGUGGUGAAGACAAAAAACAAACAAACAGCAAACCAAAGAUUCCAGUACCCUCAGCUCUCCUGGACUGGAAAACAGUUCAUCAGAAAAUGCCAUGGAACAUUGUUUUGCUGCUGGGAGGUGGCUUUGCCUUAGCCAAAGGCAGCGAGGAAUCUGGUCUGUCUUCAUGGCUAGGCAACAAAUUGACUCCUCUGGAGAGCAUCCCUCAUCCAGCUAUUGCUUUCGUGCUGUGUCUCCUCAUUGCCACUUUCACUGAGUGCACCAGCAAUGUAGCCACUACUACCCUCUUUCUCCCUAUUCUGGCUUCAAUGGCUGAAGCGAUCUGCCUCAAUCCACUCUAUAUCAUGCUGCCCUGUACGCUUUCUGCAUCGUUGGCGUUCAUGCUCCCAGUGGCCACUCCUCCUAAUGCUAUUGUCUUCUCGUAUGGACAACUCAAGGUUAUAGAUAUGGCCAAAGCUGGAUUUGUACUGAACAUCCUAGGAGUUCUGACAAUAACUCUAAGCAUCAACACCUGGGCUGCAUCCUUGUUCCAACUGCAAACCUUCCCAGUUUGGGCAAACAAGACAGGUUCAUGCUAGUAAUAUGGAAAGACAAAGGAACCAACAAUUCUGUGCGACAGAGCUGCAGCGUGAGCAAGACUAUCAUCUAUCUACACAAGCAAUGGUUGAGAGGGGCUAUUCUGUGGAAAAGGGCAUGCCACCUACAAGCAAAAUCACUCUGUUGAUAACAGCAAUAAAUUGCCUAACAAUUCCAUUUUAGUAGGCAAUUUUGUUACCCCAGCAGAAAGUUGAAGUAGCCUUUUGCUUUUCAGCUGUUACAGACAUCUUUAGAUUUUGUCUCUAAUGUAGCAGUGGUACAUUUUCCCCAAGUUCUACCCACAGCCUUUGUCUUUCAAGCUCUGCUUCUAAAGCCCAAGAUCUGCAAUGAGCGAGAAAGAAGAAAGAGGUGCAUAAGUAAAAGGGAGAAGAGAGACUCUAUGUGCCUGUUUUCAUGCUUGUAUCAUUAAACCUAACACUAAUAUUUACCUCUCUACAAAUAUACAGGCGUCUGUGUAUAUGUUCAAAAUGUAUAUAAGAUUGUUGUAUACUCUACGGGCAUUCAUACUAAGGCAUGUAUUGUAUGAUUAUACACAAAUCAAACAGCGGCAGGCCAUUCUAUUACUUUGCAAUAUAUUUAUUUACAGUUCGCUCUGUUUUGAUUUUAAAAGACUCUUCCUAGAAUGUAUGUUCUAUUGUUAUUUAUGUAAGAUUACAGCCUGCAAGGUCGUGAUAGGAAUAGUAAUACUCUCUUGAGAAUGGGGAAAUCCUUGUGUCCUGAUGUAUAAUCAAACUAAAGAUUUUUAUGUAAUCCCUGUGUUAUGGAGAUUUUUUUCUAUUAAAACAUCACUACCUGUA